AUGUCCGUUCUCCGUCACGGAGGUUCGUACCUCCAGCGACGCCUUACCAAGAUGUAUACAGAUACCAAGACCUCUUGCGAGAGUGUGACGACUGCUUCAAAAGCCGUUGAUGACCCGGAGCUAGUUGCUCUUCACCGGAGCUUUCGAACACAAAGAGACAGACUUCUGGCAUGGGGUCUAGAUUGGAGCGACGCCAGCGCUGCGCAGCCGAAUGAUAUCGAUGAAUCGCUAACGCAAGCUGGCUACAGCGAUGUUGUUGCCAGCGUCAUGUCCUCAAUUCAAGAGCUUCUCAAUGAAGCAGAACGCAUCCAGCAUGCAGGGACUUCCGACCUACCCCCCAAAGGCGCUCGGUCAGACCCACCCUCGAAGGAUGGUCUUAGUAGUCUGCCACUCAAGACGCACUGGACUGACGAAGACAUCAAUCGGUCUAAACAUCUCCUCGCCGACCUAACCGCUUGCAUUGACACCCUUUAUGACCUGUCCCGCUCACGACGCAACAUGACCUCUAGUGGGCAGUCAGCUACCAAGGCCCGACCACGCCAAUAUCCUGGGUCAACAACAGAGGAUACCAUCUACACUGUUUUCCCGGAUUCGAAAUCAUAUCUUGGUGCCUCUAUUGACACCAAACACCCCAGAACACAGCUUGAUAAAUUCGAAUAUACGCCAUUUUCCAAUCGCGCCGCCGCGACCCUCGAAAAGCCACAACUCGAUAAAUCAUUCAGCAAGAUAUCCCUAACUACGAAUCACUAUAUUAUUGAUCGUUCUGCUUUGCAGCUGUCCGGAGCAUCUCACGACAAUAGUCCCCCGCCCUACGAAAUGGUAGCCGCCUCCACCAAUUCGCGAGCCAUUGGGCGCAUGAAGACAUCAGCAUCACCUUUUCUGCGGGGUACGAAAGACUCUACUGUGACCAUUCUGGUUGAGUUUACUCCCAUGAUGCUUGAGAACUCGGGAGCGUCUACUGCACCAGGAAUUCAACGGUUGGACCAUGUGCAUCAGACCCUUGACCAGCUUGUCCAAAACGCCCGUGUUUCCCAUUUGGGAUUGUUGAAAUUUCUCGGCUACUAUGUUGAUAUGCCUAACUCCCGAUAUGCCUUUAUCUAUCAGAUGCCGGUUGACUACUUUCCUUUUUUACGCAACCCUACCGAUCUCUUGAACGGGCUAAAGCCCAAGCCUUUGUUGUCGCUCUUCCAGUCGGGUGAAGAGUAUAACGUACCUAACCUAGAAACUCGUUUUCGCUUGGCUUAUGACCUUUUAAUGGCUGUUUUGCAACUACGGAGCCAGAACCUUGUGCACGGAAAUAUUAACAGCAGCAAUGUUCUUGUUUUCCCUGGGUUGACAAACUCUAAUACCGAUGAAGUUGGGCUCACAGAGAACUUGCGACGUCCUUACCUGACCUCGUUCGCUCAGUUUUCCGGGACCAGUUCAUCGCCUGAGCCUCUUUCAUCGAGCAUGUAUCGUCAUCCAGAUGAUAAGAGGUCUCUGGGAGAUGACGCAUCCUGGGCUUAUGACCUUUACUCGCUUGGCCUGGUGUUGAUGGAAAUCGGUCUAUGGACGCCUAUCAGCCGUUUGUGGAAGAUGAAGUACAACAACUCGAUGUUCAAACAAAGGAUAGAGAAUGUCUAUCUUCAAAAAUUGGGUCCUAAGUGUGGUAGCGCAUACCUUCACGUGGUGCAGCUCUGUCUAGACGCACCCAACUUUCAUCUUUCAACCCAACCGUUCGAUGAUUUCAACCUUAGGGUUCCUCAGACAUUUCACUAUCCCGUGUUAGAUCUUUCCGAGCCUGACAGUAUCUUCUCAUUCUCCAUGAACUUCAUUUACACUAUGUCCAAGAUCGUUUGGUCUUGCUGCAGGAUCGAUAUUUUCUCGGCACCUGGAGCUGAGGAGCUGGACGAUUGCCUACCACUUGCUCUUGUUCCAGGAUCAGACCCCGGGGCUACGAAAGCACCUGUCAGGGACUACAACCCCACUCCCGAGCCAUUUGUUCCAUAUACCGAACCAUUUGCCACGCUUCCCACUGCCGAAAUGAAAUUGAUAAGAGAAAAGAUGGGCUUGGAUGAGAGGAAAGUACGGAAGAGAACGUUUAAGAAACUCACCAAUGUUGAAAUACCUCAGGAGCAUCUUAACGAGUGGAACUUCCAGAUGUUACCUCGGUUAAGAAAACUCCUACAAAAGAUUUUAAAGGACUCCUCUGAGUCGUGUAGUGUCACUCUCAUGAUGACGGGCGAGGCCCCUGAAAGUGCCAGGACGACAAUCUGCGUGACGUGUGCUAGUGCGAAAAAGGUCAGGGCUGCUUUGAAAAAGUACUUCGUUCUCGAUCGGGAAGACUGGGAUCUGAUCGUUCUUCGGGGCGACAUCCAACGCUCAAAAGUCCCUCGAAAGAAACGUCGUAGGCCAGCAAAGUCUGGUCCGGAGAGAAACGAUGUGCCCGCAUCUUUUCGUCCGGACCCAAAUCCUUGCUAUCAGCCCCGGCCUCUCUGCGGUGCCUCCAUAGGCGCCUUUAUGAAUGAAGAGCACUUACCUCCGGUAACCUAUGGUGGGGCGAUUCUGGUGGACGGAAUGCCGUACGGUAUGACAGUACAUCAUAUGUUGGAGUCCCCCAGUGACCAGGAGGACGGUGAGGAUGAAGAUCCCGGUGCUCCUCUCCGGUCAGCAGGGAACUGGCCUCGAGAUCCCGGGCCCCAGGAAGCAGAGUUCAUGUACAGCUGGUGUGAUGAAAAUCCGUCGGAACUCGAACUUGAGAUCUCAGAGGACGAGGACGGCGACGAUAACUCCAUCUCCCUUAGCCUAGAAGGAACUUACGACGACUUCAACCUCUCCGAUGGCUUCUCCUCAGAUGAAGACGCAUUUGACAUUGACGAAGAUGAAGACUCAGCUUCGGUGGGUGACACGGCUGGUAUUGAUCCAGGCGACGAGCCACCGCUGUUCGUCACCCAGCCAGCAAUCGAUGACGUUCGUGAAGACUUUUUCCCAUGUCCCGAAGAUCGUGACGACGAACAUCUAGCCUCUCACUCUCUUGGGUUUGUCCAUGCGUCUUCUGGUGUCAGACGAUGGACACGCAAAGGCAUCAAGCAUGAAAUUGAUUGGGCCUUGAUCAAGAUCAACGAUGAUCGGAUUGAUCCUCGUAACAUAGUGUUCAGUCAACAACCUAUGCAACAGACUGAAACUAUUUAUUUGAACGACAUCGCACGCCUAGAAGAUCUUGGUGGCUUGAAAGUUCAUUGUUGCGGUCGAACUAGCGGCUUGCAAACUGGGCAGAUAUCUCGAGCAAUGACAAUUGUAAAACUCCACGGCCGACAGACUUUCUCGACGAGUUUCUGUGUAGACGGGAACUUCGGUGUUCCCGGCGACUCAGGAGCAUGGGUCUUCGAAAAGUCAACCGGUCGAGUAUGCGGCCACGUCCUAGCUUGGUCAGAGAAAAGCCACACGGCAUACAUCGCGCCAAUGGAAGUCAUGUUAGAAGACAUCGCUCGCACCCUGGACGCGACAUAUGUCAGUCUACCAGGCUAUCCACAUGAGUCUUUCUCGUACCCAACGCCCGUUGAUAUUGGACGUCUACGUUUAGAGGACCCCAGCAUGGGCCCGGUGCACCCCAGCCGAGCUCGAGAGGUCUCCACCCCAUAUCGAGGAAUGCCACCCAUCCUGACUCCACCCCGCAGCUUGGAGAGGCAGCUCGCAUAA